AUGGUUGAGCAUGUUCGCGCAGCAGAGGCUCGUGUUGCUGCCACCACAUCCGCCCUGACAACAGGCAGGCCACGCCAAUGGGUCGUGAUUUCCUCACAUGCUCAUAACGGCCGCAUUGUUGUGCUUUCGUCGGACUUGGCGACUGGCUCAAGAGGUUUUGCCCACCAGCCACGUGGUUGCGUGUUGCAGGUCACAAAGUGGACGGCAACGCAUAGGCACGAUAGGAGAGGACUGGGGCGAGGCAGAGAAUUUGAUGUCGAUAGGGCGAAAGGAGGUCUGUUCUGCCGAUGGUGGUUGGCUGGGUGGGUGGAUGGUAGGUUGGAGUAA